AUGCAUGAGCUACAAAUUCUAUCAGUGCCAGUAGUUAGGGAUCAGGAACAGGUCAGUUUUCGAGACAUCUCGUGCAAUAACAACGAAAACCAGCAACAAGAGGAAGAGGAUGAGACAAUAACGAUCGUCCCAUUGCGGGUGCAAGUCGACGACGAUGUGCAAAGUGAGACUUUACUUGAGUUUGAAUGCGACUGGGCACCAGGUAUUGGCGGUUACGUUUGGACCAGUGGCGAGCUAUUGGCAGCACAUUUGGAGCUGCAACGAGAGUAUUACCGGUCAAUCUUUGAUGGUGCCUGUAUAGUGGAACUAGGCAGUGGAACAGGUUACGUCGGACUUAUGAUUGCUGCCUGUUUUAAACCGGCACAUGUGUGUCUAACAGAUCUACAGACGCACAUCCGUGGGUUAUAUCGUAAUGUGAAGCGCAAUGCUAAGGCAGUGCGGUCUGGUGUACAGGUGCACGUCUUGGAGUUAAGCUGGGGAUCAUUGGAGCAGGAGAUGAGUCUGAUGGAGUUGGUUGCUGCGACGAAUGAUGGCACGGAUAAGCACAAAGCUACACAGGUCGAUGUCAUCCUAGGUACUGACGUGGCAUACCAACCGGAACUCUAUGACCCGUUGCUCCACACGAUAAACCGCUUGGCAACACCGCAGACGCUGAUUCUUUUGGGUUUAAACCGUGCUGAUACGGAGUUUACGUUCUUCCAUCAAUUGGAACGAGAUGGUUUUGAGUACUACAAGAUUCCGAAUUUUAAACUACCAAAGGAAUACUGGGGCCGGGAAUUUGGACUGUUCGAGAUCCGCCGCAGACACGACUGA